CUUGCCAGAAGAGGCCGGUUCCUGGGAGAAGGGAAGGAAGAACUCCAACUGCUAUCCAGGCUGCCGCUGCAAAACCGACGCCGCCGCGCAGGAGUGCACCUUUAGGUCCUCUUCCCGCGCCUGCCGGAGUCUCCCUAAGAUGUCAGCCUCGGUCCCUAAAGGUCAUAACUGGGCUCAAAAGGUGAAGGAGGAGGACGAAGAGGACCCACUGGAUCAGCUCAUCUCUCGCUCUGGCUGUGCUGCCUCCCACUAUGCAGUGCAGGAAUGCAUGGCCCAACACCAGGACUGGCGGCAGUGCCAGCUACAGGUGCAGGCCUUCAGGGACUGCAUGAGUGAACAGCAGGCAAGGCAGCGGGAAGAGUUGCAGAGGAAGAAAGAGCAAACCAGUGCCCACCACUGAGAUCCCAAGCCACCUAUGCCCAGAAGAUGGCCCUGCCACACCAGCACCCAAAGAAAUGGGAAGAAGAAAUCCUAAAUGGUGGAAGUAUGGGCCAAGAGGUGUAAAUUGGGGAUACCCUUUAGGACAGGUUUGAGAGCCAAAUAGUUUGGACAUAACUGUCCUAAAGAACUGUCAUGCUUUCAUGGUCAGAUCCCACACAUCCUUACCCAUCUUACUCCAUCAGUAUUGUCGUGUAAAACAAGUUAAGGGAUGCUCCUCUACCCUAGAUCUUGGGUCAGUGUGGCAAGUACUGAGCUGAUUACAUAGACUUUUUAAUUUUAAAAGUAAAUUGAGUUCUGGAAAUGCCCAGGAAUGACUAUGGUCUGUUAAUUUCUGUUGGGUAUGGUAGGAACAAGUUCAUAGAAAUGUUGUUAUAUUAGGUUAUU